ACCACAUCUUUCUCCCAUAAUGAUUCCUCGCCUUCUUCACCUCGUUGCUGGCCUCGGCUCCUUCAUUGUCGCAGCGCCAGCAAUCCUGGCCUUGCCCACAGGGCAUAAUACCCCAGACUCCUCUUCAGACGACUGGAUUCUCAGCACUACCACCAUCAAUACCACAGCAUUCCAGAAUGAGCCCUAUGUGGCCAAUGGAUACAUUGGAGCUCGUCUUCCAGUCGAGGGCUUUGGCCUGAGGGUGCAUCAACCGAUCGACUACGAGACCAUGAAUGGGACCCAAGGAUGGCCAUUAUUUUCACUGAGGCAGACAUCCUCGAUCGUAGCUGGGUUCUAUGACCAACAAGGCGACACCAGAGGCACCAAUUUCGAUCAAACCGGCGGUCAGCAAGUCAUGUCUCUCCUUCCGACCUGGACUCCCUUGUAUUUGACGGUAUCUUCUUCCAACGGCUCCUUUGCAAGCAAGUCAGCGACAUAUCGUGUUGGCAUCGAUCUCAAUCAGAUCACGUCGUACUCCCAGUCCCUCUCAUUGCGUGACGGUGUCGUUCAAACAGCCAUCACUUGGUCCCCCUUUAACUCAUCGAGCGAUAUCCAUCUCACCUACACUGUCAUUGCCCAUCGAUCGCGACCCAGCCUUGGUUUAGUGCGCCUCGAUAUUUCUGGACUGUCGGCUGAUCAGCAGGUCAUCAUCACUGAUGCGCUCGAUGGUGCUGGGGCACAACGCGUCCAAGACGAGCAAGCCGGCAAGCUGAACGACACCGAACUUCCUAAUGCCAUCUACUCCGCAGUUAAGCCUGUGGGUAUCAACAACGUCACUGCGUGGGAGAUUUCCACGUUAUCGAUCGCUGGCGACAGCGAUAAAUAUAAGGCUGUAGAUGUUCCCGAGAGCGUGGGCCUGGGUACCAAUCAAUCGACCGUGGCUCAGUCGUAUUCGGUUACAGUCCCUUCUGACGGCAAGUUGACUGUAUUCAAGGCCAUUGGUAUCGCGUCUUCCGACGCCUUCAGAGAUAUCGAGAGAGAGACUGCUCUAUCGACCGCCAAGGAGGCGCGUUCUGAUGGCUGGGAUCAACUUGUGUCGGAGCAUAGAAGUGCUUGGGAAGACUUGUGGUCGGAGGGCGGCGAUAUUGUAAUCCUUGGUGCUGGCAAAUCCAGGGGCAGCAAGAGUAUGCUCGAUGAGCUGCAAACGACCUCUCGAUCAAGUCUGUAUCACCUCCUGGCCAAUGUCCGUAACGGCAACGAGGGGGAAGGAUUGGGCGACAACAGCAUAGCCCCCGCCGGUCUCACAUCGGACUCGUACGCUGCUGGAAUCUUUUGGGACGCCGACACCUGGAUGUAUCCCAGUCUUUUGUCACUCUUCCCGGACUAUGCGAUGAGCAUCAAUAAUUACAGGAGCAAGAACUUGGGUGUGGCCAUUGAGAACGUAAAGAAGUUCAAUAGAUCAGGGCUACUCUAUCCUUGGGUGUCUUUUCGAUUUGGCAACUGUACAGGAAUUGGGCCUUGCUACGACUACGAGUAUCAUUUGAACAACGACAUUGCGCUCGCCCAAUGGCAGUAUUUCAUUACAACUAAGAACGAGACCUGGCUGGCUGAUAAGGGUUAUCCAAUUAUGAAGGGGGUUUCUGAGUUUUGGGCCAGCCAAGUGAUCCAUGACCCCAGUACUGGCCGUUAUAUUACUAAGAACAUGACGGACCCAGAUGAAUAUGCCAACCAUGUGGACAAUGCUGCUUUCACGAAUGCUGGUGCAGCGGUGACGUUACGCAACAGUAUCCACGCAGCAUCUAUCCUCGGUCGAACGCAGGAAGUUCCAGGCAACUGGAGUAUCAUCGCUGAGAACAUCACUAUCCUGUAUGAGUCAACGAGCGAAGUCGUGUUGGAAUACGAGGGUUUCAACGCGUCAACACCGGUCAAGCAAGCGGAUGUAAUCCUGAUGAUCUACCCCCUCGAAUAUGCAAUUCGGGACCCUCAUGAGGAUAUGUCGUUCUACGCUGGAGCAAACAGCCCUAACGGACCAGGAAUGACCUACUCGAUCUUCAGCAUUAACUCGGCACAACUGUCUUGGCAAGGCUGCGAAACUUAUACGUACCUCCUUCAAAGCAGUGAGCCAUAUGUUCGAGGGCCAUUUGCUCAAUUUUCAGAGCAGACUGUAGACGUGUACGCGGAGAAUGGCGGCACCAACCCCGCAUACACCUUUUUGACUGGACAUGGUGGUUACCUGCAAGCCUGGACGCAUGGUUUUACGGGCUACAGACCUCGUCUCGACUGCUUUUACCUAGACCCUUCGCUACCUCCUCAGCUGGCCCCUGAGGGCUACACCGUCAAGGGUAUGAAGUGGCAGGGUAGCGUGUUCGAUGUCACUGUCGCAGGCAAGGAGACAACGAUUCGUCGUCGCUCGGGUGGUUCUUCAAAGGCUUGCGUCCAUAUUGGAGACCGAAACAAGAAGAGUGGAAAAUACCGCCUGUCUGUCGGAAGCAAGUUGACUGUGCCCACGUACCGUAGCGACCUCAAUGGAACCCUAGUUGCUGGCAACAUGGCGCAGUGCGUCCCUUCUGUCACGUCUACAGCCCCGAUUUUGCCUGGUCAAUACGCGCUUGCGGCGGUCGAUGGGUCGAACGCGACAUACUGGCGUCCGAAGACCAAAGCGCCUGCGUCGCUGUACAUCGAUCUCGGCAAGACUCAGACGAUCCGGUCCUUCCAUUUGAACUUCAAUAACAACCCACCAAAGUCGUAUAAGGUGUAUGCAGGUUUGACCAACAGUACGGAGGGCUUGAAGCAGGUGGCCAAGGUCGAUGAAGUGAACAUCACUGCGCCAUACGAUCCCAGCCAUGUGGAGAAGGUGAUGGUGAGAUUGGCCAACACAAGCGAUGUGACGUUGGUCCAGUCGAUCGAGGCUCGGUUUGUGCAGCUGGUCGUGGAGGGAGCGCAGACGGACGACAACACCGAGGCUGGAGCCACUGUCGCGGAGAUUGCUGUGCUAUAGAGAGAUCGAGGGUGAUUCAUUUACGUAGAUUGUAGAUUGUGUUUAUACAUCAAAAUAGUAAUGUAAAUCUGUGGG